UCAGACAGAACCUUUCCUAUACGCGGAGACACACUGUGAGCUAUUGCUUGCUGCAGAUAUUGUAAUGUAGAGGACAUACACAUCAUUUAGUGUUCACACAAGAGGACUCAGCAAGCACUUCAUCUUAGAGCUAAAAGAUGGCUUCCACGGUAACAACAAGCAGCCUAUCUACGGACAGAACCUCCACGAAUAUUACAGACUCCACACUCUCAAAGCUGCCUGAAGAUUACCACACAGUCCUUCUGGUCAUCUUCUCUGUGGUUCUGCUCUGCGGUACCAUCAGCCUGAGUCUGAUGAUGCACAUCAUGAAGUCCAGCAAAACAUCCAUCACCUCCAUUGCCGUACUCAACCUCAUCUUCGCCCACUUCAUCUUCCUUCUCACUGUGCCCUUCAGGAUUUACUACUACACGACUCAUGCCUGGAACCUGGGCUUCGGGUUUUGUAAAUUCGUCAGCGGCAUGAUCCACAUCCACAUGUACAUGUCUUUUAUCUUCUAUGUGAUCAUCCUCAUCACACGCCUGAUGGCGGCUGAGCAGAUUGCCCACUUCCAAAGAAUUCACGCACUCCUAGUCAGCGCUGUGGUGUGGAUAGUUGUGCUUGUUGUGGUCCCUUGCAUUAUGUAUUAUAUCUACGGCAAUAAUGCUCACUCUCAGAGCUCGGAAAUAAGGAACAACGCUAUUUGCUUCCAGUUUGGCAACAACAUCGAGUCUGCAGCCAAGGUGUUCAACUACAUCAUCAGCACACUCAUCAUAGUGGUGGCCACUGUGCUCACAGGCCUCCAAGCCAAUGUCCUGAGGAUUUUAUACAGGAAGCAUCGCCAGGGGUGCACCUCUCAACAGGAAUUCUGGGCUCAGCUGAAGAGUCUGUGCUUUGCUCUCAUCAUGGUGGUCUGCUUCAUUCCCUACCACUUGUUCCGACUGUAUUACUUAGAAAACCUUGAACUGCAGAGUGUCAAUGAGGUGUUUCUGAGUCUGACCACUUUUAACUGUUUGGACAUGCUCACCUUCUUAGGAAGGAGAACCUGCUACACAUGCUUCCCAGGAAAGGCUGUUUGAACAUGUGUUUUGGGGGGUUAAGAAGCUUUCCCCUCCUCUCAUUUCUUAAUUUGAACAUCCUCCUUUCCUUUCCUUUCCUUGCCUCCUUUACUUGUCCCUUCCAACUGAGAUGGAAGUGGAGGAGGCAGGGAAGGAGGAGGAGCUAACAUAAUUAGACAUCCUUGCUUCUGAGCUGUUAUUUUAAAGCAACAUAAAUUAAAUAUGAUAUCUGGCACAGCUGCAGCAUCUGUAGCAGCUGUUUGCACUUGUAAAUAUCAUGUCGCAGUUGAAUUAAAUGUACCCUACAUUCAACAAUGAAACCACAAGUAAUAUCAAGGUGAAAUGUCAUUAAGGAAUGCGGCUCCUUAUGAGGCACAACAUAAACAGUGAAGGGCAGAACAUUUGAUUGUGCAUUUUAUCAUCUUAAAAACAAAUUAUGAUGACAAAAGGAACACUUACAUUUGAAGAGCCCUUCUCCCGCCAUGGUUUGUAUAUUACAGCUGUGAUGCUCUAAUGUGUCAUGCCCGUUUUAUACAUCAGGGGAGCCAAAAAGACUUCCAAAAGUAUACACCUGUACAUCUCACUCAUAUCUCCUCUGACAAGCCUCCUUUCUCCUUGAGAUGCAUUUUAGGACCCUUCAAAAUGGUGUGCAGUGUUAUGUCAAUUUGAGGAAGAAAUGAGAAGAGCGCUUUAUUUCCUUUACUUAGUAACUUAAUUUUACUUUACUGCUCUUUAUUUAAGACAAUUGCUUAUGUGCAUCACAAAACGGCUAACAUGAUAUAACAUCUUUUCAAAAAUACAGAUGGAAUGAUACAAAUAAAAAAAAAAACAAUAAUGAAAAUAAUCUUUACUGAAUACUAAGUAGCCUUUUUGGGGCUGUUGUCAACAGGAUUUAUUAUGUUCUGAUGAGCUUGAAAUCCAACUAAAUGUCUCCCAUCCAAGCUCUCUCAGAUAUUAUUCCUACCAUUGCUAUGUCAUCUGCUAUUCUUUUGUAAUGUGAUUUAUUAAACUGUGUCUGUAAAUCAUUACUGGAAUUUUUGUCAGAAUUUGAUAGUUGAAAGUGCAGAGAGAGAGAAUAAAACACGAGCAGGGAAAGAGGUAUGACAUGCAGCAAAUGUUGUGUUGUUUGUGUCCAGACCAGUGGGCUACCAGGACAACCUUUGAACUGUUUCUAUUUGUGAACAUUGAAAAAAUUUGACAUGACAUAAAAAUGUCCUUUGCAUUUGCCUCAAAAUGAGUGAACUCUUGCCACCUGCUGGUCUUUGUAUAUACUACACAGGCAAGUUUGAAGUGUAUAAUGCUCGAUUACGCCAUUGAUCUUUAGGUUCCCUCUUUUUUUGUAUCCAAAGUGUGAGUUCUUGUAAAAGAAAGUGGAAAUGAAAAAUAAACAUAUUUCACUGUAUUUUGUUACACCUGUGUACAUAGCUGGAGUGAA